CAGGGCUCUCGGCGUCAAGCCUGGCUCCUCCGUAAAGACGCGGGCGGAGGCGGAAGCAAGAGCGGCGGCGGCGGAAGCGGGGCGCGGCGCAGCGGGCGGAGGCACCGCGGUGAGUCCCUGCUUUGGCCCCGCGGUGCUCAUCUGUGUUAUCUGCCCUGUCCCCUGUCUUCUUCCUUGUGUUUCAUAAUGCCCAGUCCUGCGGUCAGGACUUCUUUCGGUGUCCCUUGACCUCGGCACUAGCUUUCGUUUCUUUUUCUUGGGCCUGGUCCCCCCAACUGCCGCCCCAGUCGUGGGCCUCAGCCCUGACUUGUCCUACUUUCACUGGCCUUUGCCACCUUCACGAGCUUUGUCCACGGUCACCAGGUGUUUUUCUGCAAUGUCUACUUUUGUACAGACUUUGGUGGCCUUAUCUGGCCAGUGAUGGCCAUGGGAGGUUGUCACCAUCCUAGUCCGCCCGCGGAAUGAAGGAGCUGCUGCCCAGUGUAGCUAAGAAGCAAGGUGUGGUCUAAUGCUGUCUGCUCUGACAUUCAGAAGCCCCCCACCCACCCCCGCUCUUACCAUCCUCCUGGCCAGGCUCUCUCCUGAGGCCACUGGCCAUUAGGAAGGCCACUGGCCAUUAGGAAGGCCACUGGCCUUCUCAGAAGUAAGUCAGCCCUGGCCUGAAGUCUUGUGGCAGUAAGGUCAAAGACAGUCUUGUACCUGUCAGUUGGUCUCUAGAACUUGCUAGAACUUGGACCAGCCGGUUUGGGCAGCCCAGACUUGUUGGCCUGCCUUGGUGCUCCCUGGGCUGUGGAGCAUGGGGAAGGUGUCAACGGCCCCAACCUGGAAGGUAUGAAGGUGGGGCCACCUCCCACUCCUCAGGUUGAACCUAUCCUAGUAAUACUGAGAUGCUUGCUAUCUGGUCUAGCAAGCAUCUUCUGCCCCUGGAGAAUGUGAGGUAUAACAUUAUUGUCUGUGGUGGGACAGUGCUACUGAUACCUCCCUCCCCCCAGCACAUGCUCAGUGCAGUGGAAUUCUCAGCUUGGCAGUUGGUGGGGCUGGAGGAAUACCCAGAACUGCUAUGUGUGGGGCCCCAGACCCUCAAUUUCUCCCUGGGAUUGAGGGUGAGGAAGCCUGGGCUCAGAGCAGCCACUGGUGGGUUUCAGGACCAUCCAGGCAGAAUGUCACAAUGGAUGAGGGGGGCAUGCCCCUGCUCCCCGACAGCCUUGUCUACCAGAUCUUCCUGAGCCUAGGCCCUGCGGAUGUGCUUGCUGCUGGGCUGGUAUGCCGCCAAUGGCAGGCUGUAUCCCGGGACGAAUUCUUAUGGAGGGAGCAGUUCUACCGCUACUACCAGGUGGCUCGAGAUGUGCCCCGCCACCCAGUGAGGGAGGCUUGCAUGCAGGAGUGACACUAUAUUGCCCACAGCGGCCACAUCCUGGUAUGAGGAGUUCCGGCGGCUCUAUGACAUGGUACCCUGUGUGGAGGUGCAGACACUGAAGGAGCACACCGACCAGGUCCUGCACCUCAGCUUCUCCCACUCGGGGUACCAGUUUGCCUCCUGCUCCAAGGACUGCACAGUGAAGAUCUGGAACAACGACCUGACCAUCUCGCUGCUGCACAGUGCAGAUAUGAGGCCAUACAACUGGAGCUACACCCAAUUCUCCCAGUUCAACCAAGAUGACUCACUGUUGCUGGCCUCAGGGGUAUUCCUUGGGCCACAUAAUUCUUCCUCAGGCGAGAUAGCUGUCAUCAGCCUAGCCUUCGAAGCUGUGGCCUUUCUCCCAGACUCCUUUGCCCUGCUGUCCCGUGUGCGAAACAAGCCCUACGAUGUGUUUGGCUGCUGGCUCACAGAAACCAGCCUCAUUUCGGGGAACCUGCACCGCAUUGGAGAUAUCACUUCCUGCUCAGUGCUGUGGCUCAACAAUGCCUUCCAGAAUGUGGAGUCAGAAAAUGUCAACGUGGUAAAACGGCUCUUUAAGAUCCAGAACCUCAAUGCCAGCACUAUCCGCACAGUGAUGGUGGCUGACUGCAGCCGCUUUGAUAGCCCAGACCUACUGCUGGAUGCCGGCAACCAGGCUGGGCUCCCCUGCCGAGUCUUUGACCUUGGUGGGGACAGUGAAGAAGAGGCCACUGACCCAGGUCUGCACGCCUCUGGUUCUGGCCAUGUCAAGGAAGAUUUACGGCGCAUGUUGGAUAGUGUGUUGGAUGGACAUGCACAGCUGUCAGAUUGUGCUCUGGAGACCAAGGUGGCUGAGCUGCUGGCCCAAGGCCACACCAAGCCCCCAGAGUGUCGUUCCCCCAGGAACAAGUACCUCAUCUUCACCACUGGCUGCCUCACCUAUUCACCACAUCAGAUCGGCAUCAAGCAGAUCCUGCCACACCAGAUGACUACAGCAGGGCCCGUGCUGGGCGAGGGCCGGGGUUCUGAUGCCUUCUUUGACGCACUGGACCAUGUCAUAGAUGUGCAUGGGCACAUCAUUGGCAUGGGCCUGUCUCCUGAUAACAGGUACUUGUAUGUGAAUAGCCGUGCCUGGCCCCCUGGCUCAGUGGUAGCUGACCCUAUGCAGCCACCACCCAUUGCAGAGGAGAUUGACCUGCUAGUGUUCGAUCUCAAGACCAUGCGGGAGGUGAAGCGGGCUCUGCGAGCGCACCGUGCCUACACACCCAAUGAUGAGUGCUUCUUCAUCUUCUUGGAUGUCAGCAAGGAUUUUGUGGCCAGUGGGGCUGAAGAUCGGCAUGGCUAUAUCUGGGACCGCCACUACAACAUCUGCUUAGCCAAGCUGCGGCACGAAGAUGUGGUCAACUCAGUGGCCUUUAGCCCCCAGGAACAGGAGCUCUUGUUGACAGCCAGCGAUGAUGCCACUAUCAAAGCCUGGCGCUCACCACGAAUUGUUCGUGUCCUCCAGGCCCCACGCCCACGCCCACGCCCCUUCUUCUCCUGGUUUGCCAGCCAUAAGCGCUGAAGGCUUCAGUGAUUUGAGCCAUUGGGACCCACUGGGGAAAGAUACCCUGUGGUUCUUUACUGCACUGGGAUGGAGUAGCUCAUAGCAGUGAUGCCUUAGAAGGGGUAGUCUGACCCCAACACACACACACAAACACACAAACAGAACCUGCUUACUCAGCCAUCAGGCUUAGCACUAGGGUAGCCCUUGUUGGCAGCACCAGAGAUCCCAUGUCAGACUCUUGGCCAGCUUGGGUUACAUGGGACAUUGAAGGACCUGUUCUUCACCUACCCUCCUCCCCUGGGCUGACAACUCACAGAGCUCCAAGCUGGCCUCUGCCUGGGUACCUUUUAUGCUCAGCAGAACCCAUAGCCUUGGAUGUCUUGAGUGUAUGUACCCUGGGUGACAGGCCAUAAGCUCUGGUCUCUGGUAAUUUGGUUUGUGCUACUGAUGGAGUGGCCUGCAGUUGACCAUGGGUGCUGCAUGCUGCACUCAUUAACUGUUUGGACCUGAAUAAACAGUUAGCACCAGUA